AUGUGUAAACAUAUUCUCAACGCGCAAGUUUCCAUUCGGUCGCCAUGCUGUCGAAAAUGGUUUGACUGUGCCGAAUGUCACCAGGAAACUGAAUCACAUCCUCUCAAGAAAACCACAGAAAUGACUUUCGCAUGCAAAAAAUGCAAAAAGGCAUUCAGAAAGGAUUUUGCCGAUGAGACAGAUGACGGAGAUGAAUACUGCCCGCACUGCGAUAAUCAUUAUGUCAUCGAUGCAAUCGAGCCAAAGCCAAUGCUGAAAUUCGAAGGCGAGGAUGUCAGGAAGGAUAGUAGAAUGAUUAAGGAUGAUCGACUGCAAGGGAAGCAACAGAGAACGAUUUUUGAUGUGGAGGAGGCUCCAAACAAGUUGGGAUAA